CAAGGAAGGAACGGGUUAAUUACUGAGCCGUCAACCUGGCAUUUCCUGGUUGGGAAGAAGCUUCGACGUUGGGAGUCGUUGACAGUAGAGAUAUCUACUUCAGUCUCAUCCUCCUUUGCCUAUCUAGCCAAGGUAAUGUCUGAACCAGCGAAGGCCAGCUCCGGCACAAGGAACCCGAGGGACCACAGUCACCACUCAGUAGACAGUCGUCCACUCUCUCACCAUUCAGCUGCAUCUGAUGGCCAUACAGUCACUUCAUUGGAUGACCACCACGCACGCUCACAUCAUUCAGACACAGGUGGUGCCAAUGGGCAUACACACUCCGAUCUUCCAUUUGAUGGUCAUAUACACACGUAUAUUCCAGACAUGGAUGAGGACAAGAUCUACAUGGACUAUAACGCCACCACCCCACUGGAGCCACAGGUGAUCCAGGCUGUUACUGAAGCCCUGCACGACGCCUGGGGAAACCCCAGUAGUACCUACACACCAGGUGUGAAAGCGAAGAAGAUCGUUACCCAGGCGAGAGAGAAUGUGGCUAGAAUGGUGGGGGGAAAAGCAGAGGACAUCAUCUUCACCUCUGGUGGGACUGAGGCCAAUAACCUGGUGUUCCACAGUGCCCUGGAGGCCUACAGAGAGAGCUGCAGGACAGCAGAGCAGAGAGGGGAGAGACAUCGCCAUGAGAACAGCGGUACCUCAGCCUGGCCUCUACCUCAUAUCCUCGUCUCUAACGUAGAGCAUGACUCUGUCCGACUGACCGCUGAACACCUGCUGAAGGACGCCACGGCCGACGUGACGUCAGUGGCGGUUUCCAAGGUGACGGGGAGGGUGGAGGUGGAGGAUGUGUUGGCUGCUGUCCGCUCCUCCACCUGUCUCAUCUCUAUCAUGAUGGCGAACAACGAGACAGGAGUCCUAAUGCCAAUCAGAGAGCUCUGUCAGAGGAUCAGAUUUGUCAACAGACAGCGUCAACAUAGAAUCCUGCUGCACACUGACGCGGCCCAGGCCAUAGGCAAGGUGCGGGUCGACGCCCGUGACCUGGGAGUGGAUUACCUCACCAUUGUAGGACACAAGUUCUAUGCACCGAGGAUUGGUGCGUUGUAUGUGAACGGCCCAGGAACAAUCACACCACUCUACCCCAUGUUGUUUGGAGGGGGACAGGAGAGGAACUUCAGACCAGGCACUGAGAACACACCAAUGAUCGCUGGCCUUGGAAAGGCAGCAGAGCUGGUGAACUCUAACCUGACUGAGUAUGAGACUCAUAUGCUGGAUACAAGGGACUACCUGGAGAAACAACUAGAGGCGGUCUUCGGGAGAGAGAGGAUCCAUUUCAACAGUCAUUUCCCUGACUCCGAGACCCUCCCCAACACCUGUAACGUGUCCAUUCUGGGUCCUGGACUACAGGGGAGGAAGGUAUUGUCCAGCUGUAGAAGACUGCUGGCCAGUGUUGGGGCUGCAUGCCAUUCACACAGAGGAGACAGGCCCUCCCAUAUCCUGCUGAGCUGUGGCAUCCCUGAGGAGGUGGCAGCUAAUGCCCUGAGGCUGAGUGUGGGGAGAGGCACCAGCAGGGCUGAGGUAGGCCUGGUGGUGGAGGAUCUGAAGAAUGCUGUCGAGAGGCUUGGAGGGACUCAACUGAUCAACGUCGAUUGAUUGUUUGACUUAUUGGUUGACUGAUUGAUCUACAGAAUAUACACCUGAUAGUACUGUGACAUACUGUGUUGUUGCAAACAGUUAAUCUUUUAAACCAAUAUCUUAUCACUUCUGUAAUGAGAGUGUACGUUUGUUAUUUGUUUGUAGCAUACACCAUGUGUGUAGACCUAAUGUAUAUCUUGUUGUGCUUUUUAUUAGUUUAAUUCAGGAGAAAAUGUUUCCAGUGUUUAAACGACGGGAAAAACGUAUUUAAACUGACUGGAAUGAUGUGAAAUAGACGGAUGGCUUUAUUGUGCUUGCUGUCCGUCGUCCGCUUCGCUGGUUAAUACUUAAUCAGGGGAGUUAACAGAAACUUCAUGUGAAUACAGCAUAUCAGCUGUUUAAAGUUGGAGAUGGUUUGUAAAAAAUGCUUCCCGCUAAUAAAGCAUUGGUGUAUCAACUUCUACAUCACGUUCAUUGUUUUAUUAUGGAGGGAUGCUAUUUGAAUGUGUGUAUUAUCUAAUCGGCUGUCUAAAUCCCAUGAUGGCUGUUAUCAAAUGGCCACCUUGUCACGCCCUGGCCUUAGUAUUAUUUGUUUUAUUUAUUAUUUUAGUUAGGUCAGGGUGUGACAUGGGGUAUGUGUGUAUUUUGGGGUAUUAUAUGGUAGAGGGGGGUGUUGGUUGUAGUUUAUGGUUUUGUGUUGAGUGUAUGUGUCUAGCUGUGUCUAUGUUGGGUGUAGUUGUCUAGGAAAGUCUAUGGUGGCCGGAAUGGGUUCUCAAUUAGAGACAGCUGAUUUCGGUUGUCUCUAAUUGGGAGCCAUAUUUAAGGCUGCCAUAGGCUUUAGCUGUUUGUGGGUCAUUGUUUAUGUGUAUGUAUAUGUCGACGUAAGUAGUUUGUGUGUGCACUUGCGUUUGAAGUUUCACGAUCGUGUGUUGUUUAAGUGUUUUGUGAUCAUCUUCGUCGUUAUAAUAAAGAAGAUGUAUUCAAAUCAUGUUGCGCCUUGGUCCUCUCGUUCAUGUCAACACGAUCGUGACACACCUGGACUAUUUACACUGCUGUUUAUGCAUAGUCACUUUACCCCUGCCUACAUGUACAAAUUAACUCGACUAACCUGUAACCUGUACUCGACUAACCCCCUGUAUAUAGCCUUGUUAUUUUUGUGUUACUUUACAUUUUUAUUUUUACUUUAGUUUAUUUAGUAAAUAUUUUCUUAACUCUAUUGUUGAUUUUAAAGGGCUUCUAAUUAAGUAUUUCAAUGUAAGGUUGUAUUUGGAGCGUGUGAAAAAUACAAUUUGAUCUGAUGGAUAUAUACACAGUUGUCUGUUCACUCCCCACCGCUCCGAGAUAAAUGUUUUUAAAUAACGCUAGUCGUCUGAUGUAUCAUCAAAUGUAUUUAUAAAGCCCUUCUUACAUCA